AUGGUUACCAUGAAUUUGGCCUACAGCGCUCCCAUCAACCCCAGCGGUGCGUCUCCCAUCUUGUCAGAAGCUCAAGUCUGGAAUGGCCUCAAGCGCAAAGUCCGGAAGGCCAACGCAUUCGUGGCUCCCAUUCUGGAGUGUGAAGUCCUCAGUGAAGAAGAAGCAGAAUCAGGGACAAAAGUCAUCCGACAAGUCACUUUUGACAAAGAAGCGCGAGGUAAAGAUGAUCAUGUUGUCGAGGAGACUGUCUAUGAAUUUGCACCAACGCGUGUCGAUUUCUAUCAACCUGAUGGCAGCAAAAUCUUCAACAUAGUCAGUGUUGACCAAGAGGGCAAUCUGAUUUUAACUUUUGUUUUUGAAUGGCGACACUCAGAGGUCAAGGCAGAGAGCCAACAGGACAAGGAGUUACGCGAGAAGUAUCUCAAAAUGGCCAAAGGAGCCGUGGAGGGUACCAUCGCUUCCAUUCGUAGGUUGGCUAAAGACGGAGAGCUUUGA